GUGGCUGUUGUAUACUUAUCGCCUAUGGCCUCAGCCUUGGAAGGCUUGGAAGUAAAGUGUUUUUAUAUACCUUGGGAAGUAAGACCCCUUGGAACAUAGAAAUAAAUGUAACAAAGGCUCUGGAAGAUUUUGUUGAACGCCUGGGUCUCAAUACUACGCGUCAUAACCCAGCAACAACAACUUUUGAAGAUUUUCAGAAAAUACUUGCAGCAUAAGAAAGGGACCAGCCCAAGAAGAUGGCAGAAACUGAUCGUUCCACUUGCAAAACAUGGCUGUAUUUCAUUUCAUGUGGCAGUGGUCUUUUUGCUGGAAUAGCAGGAUGCCUUGUUUUUAUAUUUUCUUUCAGUAAUUAUCAGGCUGGGUUCUUGGCAUUGUUUUCUGCUCUGUUGGCCACGCUGUGCCUGCACCUGCUCAUGCUGGACUACUACAGUCUGCUGGGAGUGUGGUACACACCAGCGAUUCUGCGCCGCAUCACGGUGUUUGCCGUGGUGAUCCUGGUGGCAGCGCUGGGUCUGAUGGCGUGGUACCUGACAGAGGUCGUCACCAAACACCAAGGUUUCUACCCGAUCGAGACCAGUAACCCGGUGCGCGCCGUCAUGAGUCUGAUGAACGUCAAGUGGUCGGUGACGCUGCUGGCGCUGUCUGUGUCGCUGCGGCGCCGGCUGCUCGGCGGCCCGGCCGCCUACCGCAGCCUGUCGGAGGCGUCUCCGCUCGACCCGGAGGACUCCUGAUCUCCCGGAGCUGCAGCCGGUGACCGCCUCCGCCGUCGCCCGGUGCCGCGGGUCGCAGAGCGCUGCCGCCCGGUCCGGAGACCGACCGUGAUAACCAGCCUGGUGAUAUCCACUCGUACCGGGGUGCAUGUAUCCAAUACGUGGGGUCAGUGCUGGCCGCCCGGUGUCCCGCUGGGGUCGUUCGCCGCCCCAGCCGAUCAUCAGACCACUGGUGCCACAGAGGUAUUGGUAGAACUAGACUAUACAAUGGUUAUGGAUUAGCGGGAUACGGCACAGGCCGGAAUAUAUAAGACAUAGGUGAUAUUUUAUAAAUAAAUUUAGCUCGAAUGCUUGAAUGCACGGAUUGACAGCGGCGGAGCCCACGUGAAGCAGAGCUUGUGGUCUACGGGCCGUAUCGUACGGUCGGGCCAGUCCGGGUGACCGGGAGAGUUUAGGGUACCUUGUUUGCCCGUCAAAGUCGGGCAUAGUCCGGAUGUUUAAUGCAAUGUUAGUAAAUAGGGUUUUAGACGAAGGAUGUUGACUGUUGAUGCGUAGCCGCAGUGCCGGUCUGUGUACUCAGUGUAUAUUAUGCCCCUGUGAACUGCCAACUGAAUAGCGCCAGGCCUUGUCCAUGUCUAACCUAGCUGGUUCCCUUACUCAGGCUGUGCCGGUCCGAUUGUCUCUGUAGUCACAGUUACGAUUACCACAUUGAGCAGCGAGGCUAGACAUUUUCUGACUGCACUGAUGCAUACUAUGCGCCCGUCAAUCCAUUAUUCUGCUUAGAUGCACAUGUGGACGUGUGUACGCGCCUAGCUAUUGUUAAAUCGAAGUCCCGUUCUGGGGUUAUUUCAGCAGUGCGCUAUUAUAACUGAGACGGCGAAUCCCAGUAACUUGGUUGUCCUCAUGCGCACUGCUAUUAUGCCAAUGAUAUGACUCAGCCACCCGGAGAAGACGGAGCCGUGAGAUAUGCUAUGCGUCUAAGACGUGUUUCUAUUUUUGCUAAAUAUACCGUAUGCAUAGACUG